UAUUCCGUUCAUAGACACUUAUAAGACCUUGUUUUCGGUAUUUUUAGGGUUUUAUAAGAAAUUUCUGAUCAUAAGAACUGCAUUGCAUGGGAAGAGUUGCUUUCACCAAAAGCAAGAUUUUAAUGCUAAGGGGCUUGCUUGGGUUCGGUCAGAGGAGGUAUGUGCACACUCAUAUGGGGAGUGACAUAUGGUGAGGGGUAAUCGGGGUUUAAGUUGUUCAGAGAUAGGCAAGAGGGGCGCAAUAGAAUUGGCAUCGUAGAGGGGCGUAAGGGCGUGGCUCAAAUAUAUUCAGGGUACGGUCUGGAGUGUUAGUAAGGUGAAGUCGAUCUGGUGAAGGUUGUCGUUGGGUUUUGGUUGGGGUUUAAGUUGAAAAGGUUAGAGAGGGAGAAGCUUAACGAAACGAUGGAGGGUUCAUGCGACGGAAGCUGAACGACGAAGGAACGAUGGUUACGCUUAGGCCACGAUUCGAGAAUGUUCUAAAUCGACGGGAAUCUAAGCGAGUUGAGCGACCCUUGAGCAAAAUUGCAGGGGCAGAUCGGGAGAUCAUUAACAACUGCAACAAUAACAACGAUAUAAAAGGUUCCUCCACCUGGGUUCCACACCCAAAGACUGGAAUAUACUUCCCUAAAGGCCAUGAAUGGGUGAUGAACGAUGUUCCGGCCAUGGCGGCUUCUUCCAACCAGAGUUUUUGGGUUAGGGACAUGGAAGGUGUCGAUAAACCGGAGCCCGGUGAAUCACCAUUUCACGACAAUCACUGUUUCCAUGCAAACAUGUGACGAUCAAACAAAAUUAGUCACUAAAAUAGUUAAUCAAUAAAGAUCUUAUGAAUGAAAUAUUUUGGCUUUGUAACCAAAAAGAAAAAAUAAAUAUUUUGGCCUUAGCGGCUGAAAUUAUCUCUGCUGGUGUGUAAUGA